AUGGCGGAGGAUCAGAACGAGUCGGGGCCCGAGAGCGAUAAGACACUCGUCUCCGAGAAUUGCCCCGAUCAAGCGGGAGCUCCGGUAAAGGACGCGAAAAACGAGCCCGAGAAGAAGGGACUCGAGUCGCUGAACGCUGCCAGUGGGGGAAAUGCCGAAGACAAUUGCGAAAAAAUCAUCGGAGAGCGGGAUAGGAAAGAGAAGGAAAUGGAGAAAGCAAAGGAGGAAGAGGAAGAGGCCGAGGCCGUGAAGGAAACACACGAGGAUGACGACAUCGAGAGUAGCCAGUCUCUCAAGCUUGUGUUCGAGGAUACCGAGGGCGACGAUGAGUCAAAGCUCGACGAUAAGGAAGAGAAUGCCAAAGACGAUAUUGAGAUUGACGAGAAGCGGGAAGCUUCGAAAGUUAUGGAACCGAAGGACGAGGGGACGAAGAAAGCGUCAGAGGCGGGAAAGGUCGAGGAAGGUAGAACAGACGUCACAGAAUCUUUAGAAAUCGAUAGUAAGGGAGAAGAUAACUUGAAAAAUGAGGUCGUUGAAAAAGUGGAGGAAUCGAGGUCGGAUUUACUCGUGGUGAGGGCUAAGAGCGAAGAGAAGGUAACGGUCGUGGAGAUCGUAGAUACGGUGACGGACGUUAUUAAUGAAGAUGGCGCAGAGACGAGAGUCGAGGAGAUGAAGGAUGGGGUGGCCGAUGAGACGACGGAGCAGCAGCGGAAGGAGGACGUUGACGCAGAGAUGAUAGAGGAGGCGGAGAAAGAGACGAAGCUGGAGAUGAAGGAGAAAGUGAAUGAAGAGUCGAAGGAUGAGGAGGACGAUGUAGUGGAUGAGGAGGAGGGUGAGGAGCAAGAGCAGGAGCAGGAGGAAGAGGAGGAGGUGAUGGAGGAGGAUGAUGAGGAGGUCGACAAGGAGGAGGUCGCGGUGGUGGAGGAUGAUGAGAAGCAGGAGGAGGAGGAGGAGGAGAAUGAGGAGGAGGAGGAGGAUGAGGAGGAGGAGGCGGAGGAGGAGGAGGAGGAGGAGGAGGUGGCAGCAACGGUGGAGGUGGCGAAUGAAGAGGGCGAUGUUCAAAGGGAAAUGGCGAAUGGGGUGGCGCAUGACAUGGAGGACGUCACAAUGAUGAUAGAGAAAGACGGGCUGGCUGCUGAAGACGACGGCGAUGAGGGGGCCGAGGCGGACGGGCCGUCAAAGGCAGAGGAUGAAACGUCCUUAAAGGACAGGGGUAAAACGAAGGGAAAGGCCAAAGUGGCGAUCGAUCCGAAGGUAGAGUUUACCGAGCCGGAGAUUUUGAUCGUCGGUCCACCCACGGUCGCGAGCGAAUUGUUCAACGAGGAGGAGCUGAUAACAGGGAAACCUGCAUUGCCGACCGACGACACAAAGGCUGCAGUUGCGGAUCGGGUUGUGCGUUGGGUCGAGCACACCGCUACGAAGGCCGAUGACCCGGCGAGGCGCCACGACGCCGAGAUUGCCGAUGUCGUAGAGGAGGAGGACAACGGCGACGAGGAGGAGCCGGCCGAGGAACAGCAGGAGGGUGCUGGGCCGAAGAUCGAGGCACCUAAAAAGAAGACCAGAGGCAGGAAAAGGAAGCAGAACAACGGGACCAAUAGUACAAAGGGACCAUCGACGCGAAAAUCCCAAAAAGUCGUCACUAGUAUCAUCAGACGCAGCAUUAGAUGGUAA